AUGGUAUACGGAUUUAGAAAAGUGGGAAAGUAUUGUAUCCUCGUAGCGACUGUCUUGAUUAUUUUCAACAUAGCAGGUGUUUGGAUAUACGAAGGUUCUUACAGACGUAAUAGUCUUCUAACGUGCGAACGGGAAAACAACAAUAUUCUAUCCUCUACAGAUAAGCAUAUAGAAGGUAAAUCUUACGACAUUUUAAUCAAUUCCUACAUGCGUAGUGGAUCAAGCUUCAUGGGUCGUUUACUUGCCUGGCACCCGGAUACAUUUUACUGGUAUGAACCUUUGUGGAAUUAUGACAGCGGCGUAUAUUAUUGGGGAAAGGAUUUGCUUUGUGUUGGAAGAAACAUGUGUGGGCUUGCCAAAAACAAGACAAGGCACAAUCUUGGUCGUGUGUAUGCUACAUUUGACAAUAUAUAUAACUGUAAUUUGUCAGUACUUUCUGCUGCUAUGACAGAAAAUAUCACACUUAUUCAUUCUGGAAAAAUAUGGCAACCAUAUAAAGAAUGCAGGAAGAAGAAAUUGUCUAUUUUAAAAUGCUUACAACAAAUGGAACAAGUUUGUAAGUCUUCAAAACACAAAGCUACGAAAACUGUCCGACUGACUUUAGAUAACUUAGAAUCAACCCUAAAGACAAAUCCAGAUGUUAAACUGAUUCACCUUUUCAGAGAUCCACGUGCAAUUAUGAACUCAAGACUUACUACAAAGUGGUUUGGUUUGAAGGAAUUACGUUUCAACGAUUAUAAGCUACUGCAAGAAGAUGCUACGGAUUUGUGCAAUAGAAUGAUUCACGACUUUAUAGCUGGUAUUCACCUGAAACAGAAGUAUCCUCAACGGUUUUCUUUUGUGAUGUUUGAAGACCUUAUGGAUGACAAAACAAAAAAGUCGAAAAUACUUUUUGAAUUCUUUGGGUUAGAAAUGAGGAUAGAUAAGGAUUUAUUCAAGGCAGUGCCGGUGCCCACAGAUGACUAUAAGUUCACUCGAAGAAAAUCAAAGAACUAUGCAGAUUGGUGGAGAUUACAAUUAAGUGUUGGCGCUUUGGACAUUAUUGAUAGAUCUUGCAUUAAUGCUUUGGAAUGUUUAGGCUACAAACGAUUCUUUACUGAAGAGAAUUUACGCAAUCUAUCAAUAAAAGCUUAUGACUUUCAAAACCAGUACAAGUUACAGAAUAUCUUGAAGACAGAUCACUACGAACUGUGA